AUGAGUAAUGAUUUUUUGACACAUGGAUUUGAAACUGUGAAGACGAGGCUGCAAUUGCAGGGAGAGCUCUCGGCGAAAUCACAGACAAAAAGGGUUUAUACUGGUGUUUUCCAAGGAGUUGCUGUUAUUUUGCGAAAUGAGGGUAUUAGGGGUUUAAUGGCUGGCUUGGGCGCUGCUUACUGCUACCAAACUAUGCUGAACGGCUGUCGCCUGGGAUUCUACGAACCAAUCCGUACAACCCUCACAUCCCUUGUGUACGAUGAUGCCGCAAAGCAAUCCUUCGGCAUCAAUGUCUUCAGCGGAGCCUCCUCCGGAAUCCUCGGCGCCGCCAUCGGUUCUCCCUUCUUCCUUGUCAAGACCCGCUUGCAAUCACACUCGCCAUUCCUCCCAGUAGGCACUCAACAUGAAUAUAAAGGCGCAAUUGAUGGAUUCCGCCAAAUCCAUGCAGCAGAGGGAAUAAAAGGUCUUUACCGCGGCGUAGGAGCUGCGAUGGUACGUACUGGAUUCGGAAGCAGUGUGCAGUUGCCCACAUACUUCUUCGCGAAGCGAAGAAUUGAGCAGUGGACGGGCGUUAAGGAUGGCGUGGGACUACACCUGGCGAGUAGUGCCGUGAGUGGGUUCGUGGUCUGCUGUGUUAUGCACCCACCGGACACGGUCAUGUCUCGCAUGUAUAACCAAACUGGGAAUCUCUACUCCGGAAUCUGGGAUUGUGUAAAGAAAACCAUUAAGACGGAGGGGGUGCUGGCGAUUUAUAAGGGAUAUUUUGCACACCUCGCAAGAAUAUUGCCGCACACCAUCCUGACACUUACUCUUGCGGAGCAAACAAAUAAAUGGAUGAGGAGCAUCGAGAAUAGAUGGUUCUUAGAUAAUGUGGUUGUUGACUAA